CAAGCUGCAACACCUAGAGCCCUCCCACAGCAAGCUGCAACAGUUAGAGCCCUCCCACAGCAAGCUGCAACAGUUAGAGCCCUUCCACAGCAAGCUGCAACACCUAGAGCCCUCCCACAGCAAGCAACAACACCUAGAGCCCUCCCACAGCAAGCUGCAACAGUUAGAGCCCUUCCACAGCAAGCUGCAACACCUAGAGCCCUUCCACAGCAAGCAACAACACCUAGAGCCCUCCCACAGCAAGCAACAACACCUAGAGCCCUCCCACAGCAAGCAACAACACCUAGAGCCCUCCCACAGCAAGCUGCAACACCUAGAGCCCUUCCACAGCAAGCAACAACACCUAGAGCCCUCCCACAGCAAGCAACAACACCUAGAGCCCUCCAACAGCAAGCUGCAACAGUUAGAGCCCUUCCACAGCAAGCUGCAACAGUUAGAGCCCUCCCACAGCAAGCAACAACACCUAGAGCCCUCCCACAGCAAGCAACAACACCUAGAGCCCUCCCACAGCAAGCUGCAACACCUAGAGCCCUCCCACAGCAAGCAACAACACCUAGAGCCCUCCCACAGCAAGCAACAACACCUAGAGCCCUCCCACAGCAAGCUGCAACAGUUAGAGCCCUUCCACAGCAAGCUGCAACAGUUACAGCCCUCCCACAGCAAGCAACAACACCUAGAGCCCUCUCACAGCAAGCUGCAACAGUUAGAGCCCUCCCACAGCAAGCAACAACACCUAGAGCCCUCCCACAGCAAGCUGCAACACCUAGAGCCCUCCCACAGCAAGCAACAACACCUAGAGCCCUCCCACAGCAAGCAACAACACCUAGAGCCCUCCCACAGCAAGCAACAACACCUAGAGCCCUCCCACAGCAAGCAACAACACCUAGAGCCCUCCCACAGCAAGCAACAACACCUAGAACCCUCCCACAGCAAGCAACAACACCUAGAGCCCUCCCACAGCAAGCAACAACACCUAGAGCCCUCCCACAGCAAGCAACAACACCUAGAGCCCUCCCACAGCAAGCUGCAACACCUAGAGCCCUUCCACAGCAAGCAACAACACCUAGAGCCCUCCCACAGCAAGCAACAACACCUAGAGCCCUCCAACAGCAAGCUGCAACAGUUAGAGCCCUUCCACAGCAAGCUGCAACAGUUAGAGCCCUCCCACAGCAAGCUACAACACCUAGAACCCUCCCACAGCAAGCAACAACACCUAGAGCCCUUCCACAGCAAGCUGCAACAGUUAGAGCCCUCCCACAGCAAGCUGCAACAGUUAGAGCCCUCCCACAGCAAGCUGCAACAGUUAGAGCCCUUCCACAGCAAGCUGCAACAGUUAGAGCCCUCCCACAGCAAGCAACAACACCUAGAACCCUCCCACAGCAAGCAACAACACCUAGAGCCCUCCCACAGCAAGCUGCAACAGUUAGAGCCCUCCCACAGCAAGCAACAACACCUAGAACCCUCCCACAGCAAGCAACAACACCUAGAGCCCUCCCACAGCAAGCUGCAACACCUAGCGCCCUCCCACAGCAAGCAACAACACCUAGAGCCCUCCCACAGCAAGCAACAACACCUAGAGCCCUCCCACAGCAAGCAACAACACCUAGAGCCCUUCCACAGCAAGCAACAACACCUAGAGCCCUCCCACAGCAAGCAACAACACCUAGAGCCCUCCCACAGCAAGCUGCAACACCUAGAGCCCUCCCACAGCAAGCAACAACACCUAGAGCCCUCCCACAGCAAGCAACAACACCUAGAGCCCUCCCACAGCAAGCUGCAACACCUAGAGCCCUUCCACAGCAAGCAACAACACCUAGAGCCCUCCCACAGCAAGCAACAACACCUAGAGCCCUCCAACAGCAAGCUGCAACAGUUAGAGCCCUUCCACAGCAAGCUGCAACAGUUAGAGCCCUCCCACAGCAAGCUACAACACCUAGAACCCUCCCACAGCAAGCAACAACACCUAGAGCCCUUCCACAGCAAGCUGCAACAGUUAGAGCCCUCCCACAGCAAGCUGCAACAGUUAGAGCCCUCCCACAGCAAGCUGCAACAGUUAGAGCCCUUCCACAGCAAGCUGCAGCAGUUAGAGCCCUCCCACAGCAAGCAACAACACCUAGAACCCUCCCACAGCAAGCAACAACACCUAGAGCCCUUCCACAGCAAGCUGCAACAGUUAGAGCCCUCCCACAGCAAGCAACAACACCUAGAGCCCUCCCACAGCAAGCAACAACACCUAGAGCCCUCCCACAGCAAGCUGCAACACCUAGAGCCCUCCCACAGCAAGCAACAACACCUAGAGCCCUCCCACAGCAAGCAACAACACCUAGAGCCCUCCCACAGCAAGCAACAACACCUAGAGCCCUCCCACAGCAAGCAACAACACCUAGAGCCCUCCCACAGCAAGCAACAACACCUAGAGCCCUCUCACAGCAAGCUGCAACAGUUAGAGCCCUCCCACAGCAAGCAACAACACCUAGAGCCCUCCCACAGCAAGCAACAACACCUAGAGCCCUCCCACAGCAAGCAACAACACCUAGAGCCCUCCCACAGCAAGCUGCAACAGCUAGAGCCCAACAAGUGA